AUGGACUAUGAGUCUCUGGCGAAGAAAAUUGAGCAAAAGGAAAUUAUUGAGCAUUAUGUGACCGAAUCACGUCGAACUACUGGCGCCAGCACCAGUGAUUCACGUAUUCCCCUUCAAGAAAUUCUAACGGAAACAGUUGAACAACGAUACAAUGAGGAAUUACCGAUUCAUGAUUUCUACCGUACAUCACGAAACUUUUUACAAGCACCUUCAUCUGCACUUAAUACUGAAGCAGAGCGAAGAUUCUAUGCAACCGGUGAAAGAGACUGCAGCAGAGAUGCAUCCUUCUUGCAAACAUCAGGGAUGCCUCCGGUUGGUCAAACGGAUUCAGUAAACGUAUCCAUACCAUACCUCAAAUUAUCAGAUAAUCUAGAUCGUUCCAUGGCAAAUAUUUAUUCCUAUGGAUACGAUGUUCACGAAGUUCAUACGUCAGAGGGCGGUGCAAGAAUAGUGCAAACGCAUGGGACAGGCCUUAUCAACGAUGAUGGAUCCGGAAUGCAGCACACAGAGCGGAGCCCAGAUCAGCAGCAGCAGAUGCUUACUGAUAGAAGUGUUGAACAUCAGCGGACAACACUGAUUCAGGAACGAACUGCAGGAAAGCCUUCAAGAAUCUCCUCACCUCUCAAAUCUAGUCACAAAGAAGUCGGCUUCCUUCACUCAGCAAGGUCAACUGCUAAUGAAAUUGGUGCUGCAAUUGAUCAUCAUCGGCAAACUGUUUAUACACUUCCUUUAACACCCACUGAGAGAACGAAAACCUGGCAAGAUACCGAUACUCUACCGGCAGAAAGUAAACUGUCGCGAAAGGAUAGUUACAAGCGUAUGCAAAUGGGACAACAAGAUGAUCCGACUGAUGUUUAUGCGCCUCGGUCGGAUGCCUCAUUAAUCGCUGAUUUUAUAAAAUCGCAUUCGCAAUCAUCCGAAGAAAUGAUCACACUAUGGGAACAAAUGAUACAAUUCAUAAGGAAAAUUAUCUCCAGAGCAAGGAAUACGACAUGGACGCCUCGCUUAAUUUGUUUUUUAUUGUUAUUUUUGCUUCUUAUCACUUUAUUUUUUAUUUUGCUUGGUAUUGUUCUUAACGCUUUAUUUGGCUCUUAUUCGGUACGGACAUUAUCUCUAUAUCCACCAAUAUGUAAAAAGUGUCAUCGUCUUGUCCAGGAUGGCGUUUACAACCAGAUUCCCAGCCUACUUAAUAUUAUCUUUUACAGUUCAUCACAAGUUCACUUCGAGCUGAUCGGUAAUUUACCGUUCAGAAGUAAUUCACUCAGUGUUAUCGAUUUCGAAACGGGUUACGUAGCAAUAGCGGAUCAUGCGUUGAUUGACAGUUCUGGCAAACAGAUUGUAUGUUUCUUGAUACCUCUUGACCGGUCCGCUAUUCCAAAUAUCUCAGCUCUUCGUGAUGCACUUUCAUCUGUAACGUCUGAGAUUUAUUCGGAAUACGGAUGGCAAGAAUAUUGGCAGUACCAUGCAGAAGCAAUAGAUGCUAAAAGUGCAAAACGUAAAUUUACAAAUGAAAUCGAUAAUUGUCAAAGUGCAAAAUGGUACUUGCUGAAACAUACGGUCUAUACAAGAGAUUCAAGCUGCUCGAAUUGCUAUGACUUUUGCUUACCAAACUUUGCUAUUCAACGAUUACAUAAAUAUGAAGAUGAUAUGACAAUCGGUAUCAGACGUUUGGAUUGCUUCCGACUUUAUGUGUCUGAAUGGGAAAGAUAUCAACUGACAUCUGAUAGUUAUGGUGGACAUUGGUCGUAUCCAAAAAUUUUAUCGAAUAGACAAGAUUCAUGA